UGACAAGUUUCCUUCGAUUUUACUCUGCUCAAUCCUUCGUUCUCAACUAACGACUGAUCGCAACUCACAACAAAUACAACGGUUUAAUUUUGCUGAUAUUCAAUCAUUCCAUUUUCUCCGGCUUCACCCCACUUUACAACGACGUCGUUUUGGAUUUUCCCCUCAUUGGUUACUGAUGGAAGCUUGCUCAAUUUGAUUCAUUUCUAUUUAACUCACACUUGUUCCAGAUCCGAAUCCCUCUCAUUCAAUGGAUUCAUGGUUCAAAGCUGCAGAAGGUUUUCUUGAAGUUGUAGAUAGAAGGGCAAAGCUUGUUGUCAGUGAAUUGGCAGAAGAUCAGCCUGAUUCCCAGAUUUCAGCUUCUAAUGGGCAAGGAUCCCAAGCCAAGCAAACAAAGUCAGCGGCCAGGACCAAAACUACUGAUAUUGCUCCAGAGCAGACUGAUAGUAUUACAUCACAAGUAGCAGUAACUCCUGAAAAAGAUAAAGACCCAAAUUUGAUUAAGAAUGAUGAGACCUCUUCUAGUAAUUCUCUGGUUCAAACGACCCAUGGGAACCAAGAUGAUUUUAAUAAUAGCUCCCCAUUGUUGGAGAUUCCUCAUACUGACAAAAGUGAAAAUGAUACUAACCUCAUAGAAGUUUCAGUAAAUAAUACUGAUCAGGAAGAUGUCACAUCAACCUCGAAUGUAGAGCUUCUCAAUGAGAGUAAUUUGGAAGUUCGUGAAGAAAUCUCUUUGCCUAUGCCUGCCAAACAAGUUCAAAUUGUGAAUACACUUGAUCCAGUGGAAACUGAUCCACGGUCCAAAUCAGGAGACACAGAUUUUUCUCAAAAGAUUGAUCAAGAAAAAUCUCAGUCUACAAAUAAUGAUGUACUAAAUGAUGGUGAAACUCUAUCUAGAGUUGCUGAUCUAAAGAUUGAACCUCGUAGCAAUCAAAAGAAACAGGAGGAGCAAAAGGCUAUUGCUUCUCCUAAGAAAGUACAGGAACAGCUUGAUGAGGCUCAAGGGCUACUUAAAACUACAAUUUCCACCGGUCAAUCAAAAGAGGCAAGAUUGGCCAGGGUCUGUGCUGGACUUCAAAAUCGACUGCAAGAAUACAAAUCUGAAAAUGCACAACUCGAGGAACUUCUUGUUGCAGAGAGAGAGCUUAGUAAAUCAUUUGAGGCACGCAUAAAGCAGCUACAGCAAGACUUGUCAGAAUCCAAAAUUGAAGUGACAAGAGUAGAGUCAAAUAUGGGUGAAGCCUUGGCAGCAAAGAAUUCGGAAAUUGAAGCACUUGUCGGUUCCAUGGAUGCACUUAAGAAACAAACUGCUGUGUCGGAGGGAAAUCUUGCUUCUCUGCAGGCAAAUAUGGAAUCUAUUAUGAGAAAUAGGGAGCUUACUGAAACGAGAAUGAUGCAGGCUUUACGAGAGGAGCUAGCUUCUGUAGAACGAAGAGCGGAAGAAGAGCGUGCUGCACACAAUGCAACAAAAAUGGCUUUUAUGGAAAGGGAGGUGGAAUUGGAACAUAGAGCCUUAGAUGCAUCCACUGCUCUUGCAAGGAUACAGAGGACAGCCGAUGAGAGGACUGCGAAGGCAGCUGAGCUUGAGCAAAAAGUGGCUUUGCUUGAGGUUGAAUGUGCAAAUUUGAAUCAAGAGCUGCAAGAUAUGGAAGCUCGUGUACGGCGUGGACAAAAGAAAUUACCAGAGGAGGCAAAUCAAGCAAUUCAGAUUCAGGCCUGGCAAGAGGAAGUAGAACGUGCUCGCCAAGGUCAGAGGGAUGCUGAGAGCAAGCUUUCUUCUUUGGACGCUGAAGUGCAAAAAAUGAGGGUGGAAAUGGCUGCCAUGAAGAGGGAUGCUGAGCAUUAUUCACGUCAGGAGCAUAUGGAACUUGAGAAACGCUACCGUGAACUAACUGAUUUAUUGUACUACAAGCAAACACAAUUGGAAACCAUGGCAAGUGAAAAGGCUGCUGCAGAAUUUCAAUUAGAGAAGGAAUUGAAGCGUCGUCAUGAAGCACAGGCAGAGGCAGAAAGAAGUAGAGUUUCACGAAGGCCCUCAUCUUCUUGGGAGGAAGAUACAGAAAUAAAGACACUCGAGACACUUCCCUUGCAUCAUCGUCAUAUGGCUACUGCAAGUAUGCAGUUGCAGAAGGCAGCAAAGUUAUUGGACUCGGGGGCUGUUAGGGCAACGAGGUUUCUCUGGAGAUAUCCAACAGCACGAAUUAUCCUGCUUUUCUAUUUGGUAUUUGUUCAUCUCUUCUUGAUGUAUCUAUUGCAUCGACUUCAGGAACAAGCAGAUGAUCUUUCUGCUAGAGAUGUUGCAAAUGCCAUGGGGCUUGCCAACCCUACCUUACCAUGAUUCAGUAGCUGCUGCUGCUCUCGCGUUAUUAUUUUUUGGCCAUACUAGUUUCUCCUAAAAUAGAUUCUUAAAUGUCUCUCCUUAAGGUGCAUUUUCAAUUCAUUUUGCCAGCCUGAAAUGCCUUGGAGGAUGAUGAAGUAGGUGGCACAAAUGAAAAGUUUAUUUCUCAUUGUUUCCACACUUUAUUUUCAAGAUUGGGGAAAUUGCUGCAGAUUGGUUUGGUUUGGAAUUGGGAAAACUGGUUUGCAUUAAAGGGUACUCAUUUCUUAGUCUAAGGGGGCAAUGUAGCGAUAGUGUAAUUACUCGAACAUUGCUGCCUUUGUAUACCUGUUUGGCCCUAAAUAUCUACUAGCUAGCCAUCUCAAGUAUUUCUCAGGGUUGGUACUAUUUGGUGUGCCCACCCAAUUCUCAUUUUGCAUUUUCAUCAUAAUUUUGUUCAAAAGUGAGAGAAAUGUGGUUACAAAUACUUGUAAAUUCACCAUUAUCAAUAUUUGUACCCAAAAUGAAAUGGGAGAUCUUACACUAUUAGAAACAUUUGAGCUGACUGAAUUCUUUCUUAAUAAGUUUAAGCUUUUUCUUUUA